CCAUACACGAUAAUGAUAUAAAAGAGGUAGCUUUUGUGUAUAUAUAUAUAUAUAUAUACACACAUAAUGAUAACAUGUCUUCAUUUCAAUGGUGAUAUGAUUCAUGUUUCACUACACAAACACCCACACAACUCUCAUCAACCAAAAACAAGAAACACCCACCAAUCUUUUUUUCAAUUCAAACCCUAAAGUUUUAAACUUUUUGCAUAUUAAUGGCAACUUGUUUGGGUUCUAAGCCCGAAAUGCAUACAAUACAUACAAUUCUUGAAGAACUUGAUGUUAAUAAUGAUGAUAAAGAAAGGGUCCGACCCGAAUCGUAUUCGGAUUCAAAUCCUAACCCAUUUGCAUCAACAUCAAAUUAUAAUUCUAAUUCUAUUAUGGUUAUGAGACAUAAGGUUGAAAGAAUCUUUCCUGUUUAUGCAAGAGGUGGGUUGUCUCCAAGAUCCGACCCGGUUGGUAAUUCGGGUUCUGUUGUUGGUGAUUCCAUUUGGGAUGCUGUUAGGUUAGAAGCUAAGUCUGAGGCAGAGAACGAGCCAAUCUUAAGCAGCUUCUUAUAUGCCAGUAUACUAUCACAUGAUUGUUUAGAGCGAGCCUUGGGAUUUAUUAUUGCCAACCGGCUACAAAAUAAUACUUUAUUGGAAACUCAAUUAAUGGAUAUAUUCUGUGAUGUAUUGGUUCAAAAUCGAGGCAUCAAGCGGGCUAUUCGCUUGGAUCUACAGGCAUUUAAAGAAAGAGAUCCUUCAUGUAUGUCUUAUUGCUCUGCUCUUUUAUACCUAAAGGGUUACCAUUCUUUACAAACACAUCGAGUAGCGCAUGCAUUGUGGAAUCAAGGACGCAAGGUGUUGGCUCUUGCACUACAAAGUCGAGUUAGUGAGGUAUUUGGAGUCGACAUACAUCCAGCUGCCAAAAUUGGAGAGGGGAUAUUAUUGGAUCAUGGGACGGGAUUGGUUAUUGGCGAAACUGCUGUUAUUGGAGAUAGAGUUUCACUAAUGCAGGGUGUAACCUUGGGAGGUAGCGGGAAAGAAACAGGGGAUCGACAUCCAAAAGUCGGUCAAGGUGCACUAAUUGGAGCCAGUGUGACUGUACUUGGACAUAUCAAAAUUGGUGAAGGUGCAAUGAUAGCUUCAGGUUCUCUUGUUCUUAAAGAUGUUCCUCAACAUAGCAUGGUUGCAGGAAUACCAGCCAAGGUGAUUGGUUAUGUAGAAGAGCAAGUUCCAUCUCUAACAAUGAAACAUGAUGCAAGCAAAGACUUUUUUGAACAUGUGGCCAUAUGUCACGAAGGAAGAUCCAACGGCGAGUACUCUAUAUAAUCAUUCUUCUUUAUGCAUGUGGCCUUGGGUUGCAAAGGAAGAUCCAUGAGAGAGUACUUUAGAUAACCAUUUACUCUCAAAGUUGUAGCGUUUUUUUGAAAUAAAGGAAAUUGUUUUACUAUGUUACUGAAUACAUUGCCGAAUCCUCCUAAUGUAAAAGGUCAGACUUGGUAACACACAGGAAGUCAGAUAACAUAUGGCUAAUUAAAGAUGAGAUUAAUGUGAAUAUGUAUGGUUUAAUUAUUGCUACAAAUGAUUUUGCAAUCAAACUUCAGAUGUAGUUGAAGAUCA